AUGAAAGGUCGACCAACCUUGGGAUCCUUUCGGAAACGACUGUCCGGUCGACGGACCAAGGACAAAGAGGAUGAGGGAGGCAGCGUCCCACGACGUCCGAGCACCCCGCCGAGAUCCCCGAAUUCAAGGCGGUCCUUCAGUCAAGAUCGUCCCAAAAGUCGCAGCCCGGUGAACAGUCCCAAUCGACCUCACAACUCGCGUAGGUCACACAGUCUGAACCCUUCCGUUGAAGAUGCAGCGACCAACGGUGGUAGCGAGGAAUCGGUAGUCUCGGGGAGUCCUUCGUCCACUUCGUCAUCCCGCGGGGGACGUAGUCGGGACUCUCGACCGAACAUACUGCAACGCAUGCGCGAACGUUCCCGGUCUCGGUCUCGUUCCCGCAAACGUGACGUUAACACUAGUAGUCCGAAAGAAAUGCUCGUGGCCGUCACGUCCUGUCGCUCGGACGGCUACUACAAUCAAAAGGCUCCGGGCUCGACGUCGAAACUACCGCGAAAGGCACCCACCAAUCUCAAACUCUUCCACGAACUGGCGGUCGGCGUCAAGGAUGCCUACGCGGCCGUCGGAGCGACCCCGAGAAAACUAACCGAGGAAGAAGAAGCAAGAUUCAAAGAUGAAGAAAAGAUUGGACGAACGGUUUUGUGGGAUUUCGUUGGCAAUCUCGAUUUUCUGUUGGCUCUCGUGGACGAAGUUGCUGUGGAUACCAUCACUCGUGGAGCACUUAAAGAUGAUUCUACUUUUAAAGGACUCCGCGACGUUAUCAAAAAGGGCAACCGUGUAUUGGAAGAGAUGCUAGUCCGCCGAGAACGCAAAUACACUCUCUUUUUCCGGCUUGUACAACCCCAUGAUCGGGACCAAAUUGACCGUAUGCGCUCUUGGAACCAGAAAGUUGAAAAGGCCGUUGGUGCCGUCACGGGCGGACGCGAAUCCUUGGGUGAAUCAGAGAACGACAGCGAUACGAACAGUAUUUCGUCCAAUUCGUCGGCAUCCGUGAGUAGCCGCGCCGGGGUCUUCUCACGCGGACGACAGCUGUUGCCAACUGCUGGACGUGUGCGAUCACGACGAGCGACACCCACCCCACGGCUACGUAAACACCGAAGUCAGGGGGACAUCACGGAAGAUGAUGCCGGAGCGGCCGAAGACGGGUUUUCCACCGUCAGUAUGGCACCCGACUCGGCACAGUCGCCGAAAAGCUCCUCAUCGGGAGGCGAUGGUGGUGGAGGUAUGCUGCCACCAGCAAUGCGUUCCGGAGGGCAAGGAAACUCUCACCAUCCAAUGGCUUCUGUCGAACAAGUGCGACCAAAAGAUGAACUGGUGGACGUUAUUCGCGGUUUGCGAGUUGACAAGAUUCGUAAUCAAGAAGGAUCUUCCGACAAGGAUCUAGCGGAACUCAAGCCGAACUGGCGACCCAAAGCGGAGAUUCCUCCAUCCGUACCCAAGCUUCCAACCGAGUACGUUCACCGACACCGAUUGAUGAAGCAGGUUGUUAGUUGUCUAUUGGACGAGAACGAGCCCCCCAAAAACGAAGACGGCUCUCUCCAGAAUACGAUAAUUACGUGCGUUACAUCUCGGCACGGCGACAAAGCCGGGAAUGGAAAAUCAACUUUAGCAAUUGCUGUCAUUCAGACUGUUGAAGUCCGCGAACGGUUUCCGAAUGGUAUUGCUUGGCUCAAGCUGGGGCGAGGCCCUCUAAGCGAGCGAGACAUUCGGCGCUUAUACGAAGAUUUAUAUCGACAGCUUGUUGUAAAACAAGCAGAUAUUGAGGGUUCCGUCUCGGAAGCCGAUACUGUAAACUUCCACGAGUCAUUUGCUUCCACUGGGUCUGCUAGAACAGAACCGUCAGAAACAAGGAUUGAUCGCACAGUAGACCGGGCCGACAGCGUUCGUCGCUUUGAAGGAGGGGAUUUAGAAGGAAUCAAGGAAGAUCUAGGACGAAUGCUUGUGCGCCAGAAAGUUUUAGUCUGCCUUGACGAUGUAUGGAGAGUGGAGGACGCCAAGUGGUUUAUUUUCGAGACACCGUCGUAUUCUGCACCGCCACGAAACAGCCCAUACAAGAUCUUGAUAACGACUCGAACACCAUCUUUGCUUGGGGCUGGAGCUGUUCAAGAAGUUUUCGUUCGAAUUUUGUCUGAACAUGAGGCAGUCAAGCUGCUCCUAUCGACUGCAGGGCGGCGUCCAUAUGGUGGGCGAAAUUCUACAGUAUUCAAUCAAUCAAAACUUAUUGUCAAAGGAUGCGGCAACUCACCACUAGGGAUUAUUCUUGUGGGUAGCAUGCUGCGCGAAUACAACCGAAAUUGGAAUUUGACCUCACCUGUAUGGACGGGCAUCUUUAACCAGUGCAGUUUGAAUCUUGAAGAAGCAGCCCAGCUCCGAAGUUUCAGGAACGCAUUUAACCGAGUUGUCGAUACUGCCCUUUUUACAAUCGAAGACUCAUUCUUCCGAAUCGCGUUGCGACGAUGUUUUGUAUACUUCGCCAUGGGUUUCCGGGCCAAUGACUGGAUGUUGUCAGGUAUUGGGAUCCCGCAAUCCAUUAUCCUUAAGUUUUUUAGGGUUGUUAUUGCAGCUGGUCCACGAAACAAUGACUCUGUUGAGCCAGAAGUUGUUCUGGCAAAGCUGGAGAAUUUAAAAUUGAUUCAGCGCGCGAGGCAUUCCGUCACGCUGCAAAUCACUAAACCUGGUACAGAUAGUCCCUCGGUGUCGUCACACGGAAAAGAAAACGGUGAGGCAUCAGAGAAGUCAGAAUCUGACUGGGAUGAUUUCGAUGAGAUCGUGAAGCCGCCUGUCCAGCACUGUUAUACCAUGCACGAUUCGCUAAAAGCUGUCGCAGAACUAAUGGCACAGCGCGCAUUGCCGUCGUUUACCCCUGCAGAAGAUCAGUUCACUUACUUUUCCGAUCUCAUUCGGCACGAGACUGAUAUCGGAUCCGGAGAAAAUCGGGCUUGGUCGGCGCCAUUGCGCUUUCUAUUUCAACACCUGUCACCACAAACUUCAACCUCGAAGAGUAGUUCUCUCACAAAUGAACAUGUCCACGAGCUCGUAGUCAUUGCGCUUCUUGGUGGGGGCGAUGGGAAAGCGCUAUCAAAGUCAUCUGUUUCAAGUGUCAUGAAAGCGAACCAAAUUUCUAUGCAGUUGAUGGAAGGGGGUACCAAAUUCGAAGAGUAUACGAUGUCGUUUAUCAUUGAGCAUCUCAUGUUGUCAAGGUCGCUUUCCAGCACAUCCGAGCUCAUAACCGAUUCAGAGUUCGUUCGGCGUCGUGUAUUUGCCCUUGGCAUUAUGGAAGCGACAGGACGUCAAGUGGCCGACAUUUUGGAUCUCCGUGGGUUUGCGGGCAAAGGAGGAGCGAAAAGAACAGCUAAUACGCUGCCGUCACCUACAAAAGAUGUGCAGUCUCCAAACAUUGAUCGAACCGUGUCCGAAGACAAAAGUGAAUCAAACUUGAACUUCGACGUCGAAGAGGUGCUGUGCGCUGCCUCGCGCAUCAUCAUCGACGAAGUCUACAAAGCAACGAAUACAAUGGGUUCGUCAGACUCCCUGGGCAUGGCGACGUGUUUAGCAACAGUCGGAGAAACGCUCCUGAAAUGCCGCCAGCCGCGUGAUGCAAUGCUGCGGUUGGAAGAAGCUGUCAGUAUAUAUCGUGGGCUUCUCGGGCCGUACCAUGUUUACACUGCACAUGCACUGCACUCUACUGCAAAGGCUUUGGGCAAACUAGGAGAAACCCGUGUUGCACUGCUCAAAUUUGCCGAGGCCGCCCGCAUCUACGAAGCCUGCAACGCCACCCUUCACUAUGAUUCAAUCACGAACGCCCAGUCCUUAGCCGCACUGCUUGUAGACAUCGGUGACAUACGGAAAGCCGAAUCAAUGUUUGAAGAAGUUAUUUCAAUGAAGCGAGCUGUUUACGGCGAAUUUUCGGUGCCUGUUGCAAAGACCAUUAACAGCUAUGCAAUUCUAUUGGCCAAGCAUGCGCGUAUGAAAGAUGCUCUUCGCAAUUACGAGCUCGCCAAAUCCACUUAUCAAAAAGCUCCUCCUGCUCUCAUUGUAGAUCCUGAAUUCGACGUCAAAUGCAAAUACGAUGUGACCCUCAUCAAUCUCAAUAUUGCAUCAAUCUACUCGAAGAAAGGCGACCUUCAGCGAGCAUUGACCUGCUACGAAGACGGUGUUACUGGUCUAGAGCAAUACGAAGCUUCAAUGGACGAGAUCAGAGAAAGCGACUGUGUGAUUGACGUUACUGCGAAGCAUUCUUCACACAAACAUCUAGUCGCAGCUCUGGGUCGCAUUGGCUCGCUUAAGCUAAAACUUGGUGACAAUGAAGGUGCGCUGGAAGCCUACCUAUCUCUAAUCGAACAAGUCGACGAAGACAGUCCUAUUGCUUCGUACACGGAACAAGCGAAAGCGCACAUUAAAUGCGCGACUAUCUUUCGACAGCGCAACGGUGAAAAGAAUCGGGAUGAGUCGAUAUCGCAUUUAAAGGAGGCCCUUCGAAUGUACAAAGCUCUUUACGGAAACGAGCACAAAGAUACAACUGCAAUUUCCACAUCAUUGAAGCAAUGGUUAGCAGAGGAUAAGCAACCUCCCAAUUAAUUUCUUAGGCUUGAUUGUGCC